AUGAACCCUCACAUAUCUGUUCCCCGCCAACAUGCCAGUCCAUUGAAUUUCGGCGGCACUACGCCUGCCAGCCGUAGAUCCAGUAUACGGAUGCCGCGCUUCUUUAAAAGGCUAUUCAAGUUCCCGCAGAUGGAUUUCGAGAUGGCAAUCUGGGAGAUGACCUCUCUGUUAAUUGCGCCCAAGAAAGUUUUCAAGUCAAUAUACUACCAUGUACAAACGAAGAAUACCUGGCAUCGCCCGGAUCCAUCUUUCACCUACCUGCUCUCCUUCUUCCUUCUUCUCACAGCCCUCGCGUGGGGCCUCGCCUAUGCGCCGUCGUUUGGGUCCAUCGUUCGGCUGUCUCUGAUUUUUAUCUUCGUUCAUUUCAUCGGGUCCUCACUUCUGGUCUCGACGUUAGGAUAUCUCAUGAUUCCCUGCCUAUUCCGCCCUGAUGGCGCCGCAGCCUCCUUCACUGGAUUUCGAGGUAGUCGUGGUCGGCGGCGUGGCGCGGCGCAGGGCUUGUUCACGCAGCCUGGUGAAAAGGACCAGCUGGAGUUUGGCUACUGCUUUGAUGUAUCGAUUCGGGCAUACUUUCCCCUUUAUCUGCAUCUUUAUGUUGUGCAGUUUCUUCUUCUGCCACUGCUCACCCGCAGUCCAAGCAAUUUCCUGGCUACUUUCCUCGGCAACACGCUCUACCUGUCUGCACUGACAUAUUACACCUAUAUUACAUUCUUGGGAUACAAUGCCCUUCCCUUCUUGCACAACACCGAGCUACUCUUGCUCCCUAUCCUAGCAUUCGCGAUAUUGUGGCUUGUCAGCCUAGUCGCCGGAUGGAGCCUGGUCAUGCAAGGCCAGAUCCUGGAGGUCUUGGUCUGGGGCGCGUAAGCACUGCCCUGUGCUCGAGCUGGUGCUCGAGCUGCUCCCCCUCAAGAGCAUCUCCUCUUCACCACUAUAGCUGCAAUGUAUGUAAGUCUUAAGUUUUUUCCUUCCUCAGCGCCGGCGUAUAUGUCAUCUUGUCUUGGUGCUGCAAUUACUCGGUCAGUCAUGGUCCACUGAUUUAUGAUAAUAUCUUUCGCCUUCUCGUUUCCUAUAGGAGGACCCAGAUUCCAGGUUGAAGGAUUUGUAGGGUAUUUUAUCUGACAACCUACUGUAAAUGGAUGUGAAAAUCCGUUCCACCUGUUAGUUGAAACAGAAGUACUUUCG